AUGACCACUUUAGAGUCCUUAAAGAUAGAAGAUAUUCCGGUUGAUGACAUCGACUUUUCCGAUUUGGAAAGAGAAUUCCAAAUCCAGGAUGGUGGUGUGAACUUUGACAACUUUUUGGUUGUCGAUGGCGCUCCAGUUGCACCAGAAGCUAAAGUUCCGGUCUUAGAGAAGGUUUUGACCAAGUUGUUCAGUCAAGCCGGUAAAGUUCUGGAUAUGCAAAUUCCAGUUGAAGAUGGUAAAACCAAGGGUCAUUUGUUUAUUGAAAUGGAAUCUGUUUCAGCUGCUAAAGAAGCUAUCCAGUUAUUCAACGGUAAAAAGUUAGAUGCCAAGCAUAGAUUGCUUGUCAACAGUUUAAAUGAUAUGGAAAAGUAUGGUUCUGACGAUUUCGAAUCACAAUCUCACGAACCUGUUGUUCCAGACUUUGCGCCAACAGAUUUCUUGAGAUCUUGGUUGCAAAACCAAGACGGUAGAGACCAGUUUGUUCUACAAAAGGGUGACAUGACCCGCGUAUUCUGGAACAGAUUGGCUCAUCAACCUGAUGGUGUCGGUGAAGCCAGAAAGAACUGGUCAAACGAUGUCGUGAAGUUCUCACCAAAGGGUACUUAUCUAUUAUCUUUCCAUGACCAAGGUGUUACUUCUUGGGGUGGUCCAAACUUCGACAGAUUGAAGAGAUUUUUCCAUCCAGACGUUUCCCGUCUAGAUGUUUCUCCAACUGAGAAGUUUUUGAUCACUUUCUCAAUGAAUCCAAUUAAACCAGGUGAAGACACUCCAUUUGGUCCUGAAUCUGAAGGUCAUCAAAUUUGUGUUUGGGAUCUUGCUACUGGUUUCCUAAUGAAAACGUUCGGUAUUCCACCAAAUGCCAAGUUGCAAUGGCCAUUAAUUAGAUUCUCUUACGAUGACAAAUACUGUGGUCGUCUAGGUCCAAACGCUUUGGCUAUUUACGAUAUUGAAAACAACUUCCAAUUGUUGGAUGGCAAACUUCACAAGGUCGAAGGUAUUCAAGAUUUCUCUUUCGCUCCAAAGGGUGUACAAUUGACAUACAACAGAAGAAAGAGUGACCCAACUACAUUAUUGGCAUACUGGACUCCAGAAACUAAUAACCAGUCAUGUAAGGCUUUCCUAAUGACUUUACCAAACAAGAGAAUAGUCAAAACUGUCAAUUUGGUUCAAGUUUCUAACGUUUCUAUUCACUGGCAUGAACAAGCAGACUUUGUCUGCUUCCAAGUUGAUCGUCAUACCAAGUCCAAGAAGACUUUCUUCACCAAUUUGGAAAUUUGUAAGUUAAAUGAAUCCGAAAUUCCUGUCGAGAAAAUCGAAAUGAAGGACCGUGUGUUGGAGUUAGCAUGGGAACCAAAGGGUACUAGAUUUGUCACUAUUUCCAAGAUGGAUAAUGGUGGUGAAGAAAACCCAAUGUAUCCAAAGAACUUUGUCAAAUUCUUUGCUCCAGAAAAGAAGGAUAAUAAAGAUAAGGAUCUAGCCGUCUUACCUGAUCAAUUGAAAUGGAAACUAGUAAAGACUGUUGAUCAACAAUUUGCCAAUUGCAUCUCUUGGUCCCCAGCUGGCCGUUUUGUCGCAGUGUGUACUAUCGUUAAUGGUAAGGAAAUCAAGAAAGCAUCUCUUGACUUCUACGACUUUGAUUUCACUGGUGAAAAGACUUUGAAUGAAGUCCAGGAUGUCAAAGCAUCUUUGCAAGCAGUUGCUCAUAUCGAUAAUCAAUUCUUCACUGAUUUAGAAUGGGAUUCUUCCGGUAGAUUCUUAACAGCUUGGUCUAGUUACAGCAAGCACAAGCUAGAAAAUGGUUACACUAUCUACAACUGCUGCGGUGAAGCUGUUCGUAAGGAGAUCGUAGAUCAAUUCAGAAACUUCGUCUGGAGACCAAGACCAGAAUCACUCUUGUCUAACGCUGAAAAGAAGAAGGCAAGAAAGAAUCUGAAACAAUGGUCUGUCAAGUUCGAAGAACAGGAUGCCAUGGAAAGUGACAGUGCUUUGAGAGAUUUGAUCUUGAAGCGUCGUGCGGAAUUGAGCGCAUGGGUCUCUUACAGAGAGCAAUCCAAGGAAAGAUUGGAAUCCGAAGACAGUUACACUAUUUUCGACAACUUCGAAAGCGACAAAGCUGACGAAACUCAAUAUGUCACUGUGGAAGAAGUUAAGGAGGAAAUCUUAGAGGAAACUCAAGAAGAGGUCGAAUCGUUUGAAUAA